ACCGACUUUGAGCCGUCGUAAACCUUCGCACUCCUAAAAUACCUACUUUAUCCCGAUUAAAGAGAACUCCCUAUUUCCCUAAUAAAGUAAUAAGCGGCCACCAUUUGAAAAAAUCACAGAUUUUAGAACCCUAACUCAGGAAAUUGAAUCCGAAAUAGUUAUGUCUGGGCUUUCCUGCAAUGCAUGCAACAAAGAAUUCAACGGUGAUUUAGAACAAAAGCUUCAUUAUAAAUCUGAAUGGCACCGUUACAACCUCAAACGCAAGAUUGCUGGGGUUCCUGGGGUAACAGAAGCACUAUUUUUGGCAAGGCUAUCUGCACUUGCUGAGGAAAAGAACAAGUUAAAUGAGGCCCCCAUGCUCUACAGUUGUAGAAUUUGUGGCAAGGGUUACAGAAGCUCUAAGGCUCAUGCUCAGCAUCUCAAAUCAAAGAGUCACAUCAUGCGAGCUUUUUCUGGAGAUAAUAAUCAAAAUGAAAACACUGCCAUAGUUAGGCCACUGACACGUCGUACCCCAGUUCAGCCUCCUCCUAGAAAAGAUGUGGACAUGGAGGAGAGUGAUGAAAGUGAGUGGGAGGAGGUAGAUUCCGAGGAUGACAUCAUUGAUGAGGCUACAAAUUCACUUACAUCUAUGAAUAUGAAUGGGGAUUCUGUUGCUGUGGUUGAUUCUGAUAGUGAUGUAGAAGAUGAGUUUGAAGACCUGGACCCAACUUGUUGCUUUAUGUGUGACUUAAAGCACCAAACAAUAGAAAAAUGUAUGGUUCAUAUGCACAAAAAGCACGGUUUCUUCAUUCCAGAUAUCGAGUAUUUGAAAGAUCCAAAGGGCUUCCUCACAUAUCUUGGGAUCAAGGUGAAAAGGGAUUUCUUGUGCUUGUACUGCAACGAGAGAUGUCAACCAUUUAGCAGCUUGGAGGCGGUUCGGAAGCACAUGGAAGCAAAAAGUCACUGCAAAGUUCGUUUUGGUGAUGGAGGUGAUGAAGAGGAGGUGGAAUUAGAAGAAUUUUAUGAUUAUAGUACCAGCUUCAUGGAUGUAGAUGGAAAACAGCUUGUUGCAGUUGAUGAUGGAGCUAAUUCUGUUGAACUUGGAAGUGGCGGGGCUGAGCUCAUCAUUAAAAGCAGGACUGAUAAAGGUGCAUCUGCGAAGACACUUGGAUCACGAGAAUUCUUGCGCUACUACAAGCAAAACCCACGCCCUGCUCCUGCGAAUGAUAUGGCUAUUUCUUUGGCGCUAGCUGCAAGGUAUAAGAGCAUGGGUCUAGCAACUGUGCAAUCAAAGGAUCGAAUGAUAAGAAUGAAGGUGUUGAAGGAGAUUAACAGAUCUGGAGUAGAACACAUGCGGAGUAAGAUGGGUAUGAAGAGCAACGUUAUUCGGAAUCUUCCCAAUAAUGUUCCAUAUUAAGCUUUUAUGUUUGCUUUGGCCUACUUUUGUAAGGUUAUACUACCUCCGUUUAUUUUUAUGUGCAACUUUUGCCAUUUUAGUCCGUUCACUAUUAUGUGCAACUUUCUAUUUUCUUUCUAUUUUUAGUAAACAAAAACCCUGAAAAUUACAAAUUUACCCUUAUUUAAAAAUUCAGAUUUUCUUAAUGUUACCCUUAUCUUAUUUUAAUCACAAUAACUUUUUUAUCUAAUCUAAAAUCAUUAACCUAAUUUUACCCACCCAUUUACUCAUCUCUCUACCCACCAGCCACCACCCAUUCACCCUCUUCAUCUUUGCUCUUCAUCUCUUUCACCUUCACCUUCUUCAUCUCUUUCACCCUCCCCCCUCAAGAGUCACGACCACCGCUCCUCCCACCACAAUUCUCUCUCCUCCUUCACCAACCUUCAAUAUCCUCUCAAACACCUUCACCAACGCCGCCUGCCCAAUCAACCCUUCUUCCCUCUCCUCCGCAGAAUUAGGGUUAGGGUUUUUCGAAUUGGCGAUGAUGUGAAUUACCCUUUCAUCACAGCACGAAAAGGGAGGAAGAUCAUCAACGAUGCGAAUUCGAGCACCGGUAUCAUCCCUAAGUUGGCGGACUACGACGUCGCGUUUUCCAAUGACACCGCCGACUUUUGCGAAUCUCCUUCUCACAUGAAUCAUCGGCGAAGAAAUCCGUCACUUUCGCAACGAAAUCAAUGGCAGAUUGGAGAAACCCUAGCGGAUUCGAAGGAUCGAGAAUUGUAGAAUACGGCUUCGGAGUAGGCGGUGGUUGUUGAGGUAGUUCUUGAGGUUUGUGCUCUUGUUCGAUGUAAUCUGGAUGAGAAUGGUGCCUUUUCCGAUGACACCGCCGACUGUUGCGGAGGGACAGAGGAAUCGGAAUUGGGUUUCGCCGCCAUUUUCGGAGGGUAUGAGUUGUUGAGAAGGUGGAGUAGAAGAAUAAGAUGAUAAUGGUGGGUUAGAGAGAGAAUGAGAAUGGUGGCGUUUGAGAGAGAAUUGAGGUUCCAUUGUUGAAGAAGGAGUUUUGGUGGCCGGAAAAAGGAGAAAGACGUGAGGGUGGUGGUGGUGGUUUCAUGGGGUUGGUUGUGGUGGUUUCGUGGGGGUGGUAGUGGUGGUGGUGAAGCCGACGGUGGUUUUGGUGAAGGCGGCGGCGGUGGUGGUGGCUGGUCUUGGUGGUGGUGGCUGGUUUGAUUAAUUAACCAAACAUUCUCUCUCCACCUUAAUUACAUACUCCUAUAAUAUAUUAAUCACCAUUAUACUUUCUUAAUCUUUACCCUUCAAUCUUUUGCUUCGCGAACCGUGAAUUGCCCCAAAGUUGCACAUAAAAAAAAAACGGAGGUAGUAAUUAAAAAUGCUCUAUAUUUAUACACCCUGAGCUGGGUGAUUUUGCAAGUCCUUUAUUUGUAUGCGUAUUUUUCUGACUUCUGAAAAUAGUAGUGUACUACUAAUUAGUGACUAUAUAAUUGAGGAAUUUUUUUUUGUUUGCCUUUGGUCAA